GGUGAGUCUGAGGCCUGUGGAUGAACAGACAGAAGCUGAAAGAUCCCCAAAAAGGAUGCGUGAGAGGACAUAUCAGAACUGGAGUACGGGCCACUGGCUGCUGGCACUCUCCCUGGCCUGCCUGUGGACCCACCUUGCCUCGGCUUCCUUGCAGCCGCCAACUCCCACAGUCCUGGUGAAACAGGGCACCUGCGAGGUGAUUGCUGCUCAUCGCUGCUGCAACCGGAACCGCAUCGAGGAGCGCUCCCAGACUGUCCAGUGCUCUUGCCUUUCUGGCCAGGUGGCCGGCACCACACGGGCAAAGCCCUCCUGCGUGGACGCCUCCAUUGUCCUGCAGAAGUGGUGGUGUCAGAUGGAGCCCUGCCUGCCGGGGGAGGAGUGCAAAGUGCUCCCGGAUCUGUCAGGAUGGAGCUGCAGCAGCGGACACAAAGUCAAAACCACCAAGGUUACACGAUAGUUCUUGGGGUCACGGCCUGGACAGGACAGCUUGACUGAGCCAUGGACUGAAGAAUGGUAUUGUUAUCAGCCAACAAAAGUGGAGAUUCACUUACCUGGACACACGCCCUGUGCCAAGUGCAGAAUCACUCUUUCCAGGGGCAUUUCA